UUUUUUAUUAGCUUGGCUUUAAAACACAAUGAAUAAAAAUAAUGUCAUUGAUAGCGAAAAUACUAGUACUUAUGAGUUAUUAAAGGCUUUUGAAGAUGAUAAGAGAGCACAUAGUCUUAGUAACAUUAAAAAGUCAUCUCUGUUUAAUGAAAAUAUGAGAGCAAGUCUUGUUGGAUUUAAAGAUGGGGUACCUGGAAAGUACAGUGGAUAUGUAUCUAGUAAAAAUUGUGUCAAUGAUAAUAAUAAAACAAAUCUACAAGAUAAAUGUUUUGAGAUUGAUCUUCCUACACCUAUACCACCACCACGAAAUCGCAGAAAUAAUCUAAGUAAAAGGUCAAUUAGAUCUCGAUCAAGUUCAAACUCAGUUAAAUUAUUGUCAAUAACUAAAACUAGGGCAAAAUCAAAGAAUUAUAAUGAAGUUGGUAUUGAUGUAGGGAAUGAUAAAGAAUACAUUGAAAAUGGAAUUAGAUUUGUUAAUCCAGAAUCAGGUGUUUCAAACUGUUCAGAAAAUCCUAAUAUUUUUUCAAUACCUGCUCUUAGUUUUGAAAAGACAUCAAGCUAUAAUGAGUUAAGCGAUUCAGGAGAAUCAUCAGAUCUUACCAAAGAUGGUAGUAAAAAUUAUGAAGCUAUUGAUGAAAACCAUGAGAUGUUUGAUGACGAUUUGUCUUCAAUUGAUUCUGACUAUGACACUAUAAGUGACAGUGUAGUCAAUGAGAUUUUCUCAAAACCUCCACUUCCACCCAGAAAAAAUGCAAUUUUUGAAAGUCUUGCUGAAGUAGAUCAUGAUAGAGAAGCGUAUAUACCAAUUUACACAAAUGAAGAACCUGCUACUCUUCCACCAAUAAUAGAAAAUGCAGAUGAAAAUCAAAUAAAACGUUAUACAAUCAUAAAAUGUAUUUUGGAUAAUGAACGUAUUUAUAUGAAAAAUUUAAGCAAGCUUAUAUUGGAGUACGAAGAGCCACUCAAAGAAAACAGAAUUAUUGGUUUGGAUCGAAUCAAAGUAAUAUUUAAACAUGUUCGUGAAAUUUAUCAAUGCCAUCAACUGUUUAAUAUGGCUUUGAGUGAUCGUGCAAAUAACUGGCAGAAUUCAGAUGCAAUUGGUGAUAUAAUAUAUGCAUCAUUUUCAAAAUCUCUGGUGCUUAAGGCUUAUAGUUCAUUUGUAUGUCAUUUUCAUAAUGCAAUGGAUAGCAUUAAAGAAACAUGCAGGCUUGUUCCAAGUUUUCUAAAUUUUUUGAAGUAUCGUCAUUAUCUCCAUAAUCACCAGUCUUUAUACCAUUUAAUGAGGCAACCAUUGAUGGUUAUUCCACAGCUUGUUGUCUUGGUUCAAGCCCUUAUGAAAGUUACUCCAUUUCCACAUUCAGAUAGGCUGGCAUUGCAAAUGUCUUUAACACAGCUAGAAUGUUUGUCUGAAACUCUAGCAGAAAAAAGAAGAGAUACUUUAUUGAAACAUAAAGUGAAGCAACUUGAUAUGCACUGUAUUGGCCUUUCAAAGUCAUUUGCAUCAAGUAAAAGAUAUUUUGUGCGACAAGAUAAUAUGAUACAAUGUGUUAUUAAAGAUGGAAGUAUAGUAAAGGCAAAACAUCGCCAAUUGUUUAUGUUAAGUGACAUGUUGGUAUGUGCAAGUCUUUUACAUAAACACCAAAAAUUAAAGAGAAUGUCCAGCAAAAGAUACGAAGUCAAAUGGUGUGUGCCAAUUAUUGAUGUUGAUGUAACUCAAGAAGGAAAAGGUGUCUCUUUAAGCAUGAUACAAAACAAGAAUUUUAAUAAGCAAUCUAUUUUUUCAAACUGUCCUACUUCUGAAAGAAUUAAUGAUAUGCAACAUGAUAUUACUGUGAUUGGUCAAAUAUGUGGUCUUGUCACCACACUUAAAAGAUCUUACAAGUUUAUGGAUGUCCAUAAAGUAAAUGAAUGGUUUAAGGACGUAAACAAUGUUUUGCGAGGAGAGAUGGCACUUGCAAAGAUGCAUUGGAUUGAGUUAUCUAUACCAGAUAUAAAUAAUGGAAAUGACAGAGUAACAUACUUAUUUAAUGUUCAUACACCUAUCAAAAAGAUAGAAUGGCUAGCAGAGUUAGAAAAUGUAAAACUUCAUCUUUCACUUGAUAAUAAUCCUGGUUGGUAUAUGCAAGGAGAAAGUCUUUCAGCUGGUGAGACUGCAGUUUUACGUAGAACUCUUCCAUUAAUAGCAAAAAGAAUUCCAUUUCAUUCGAUUGAUUCAAAAUAUACAGUAGAAACAGUUUUGGAAAUACCUUACACCAACACUGCUAAUUCCAUUUUGUGGGUGUUUUCUGGCACAGAACACAUAGGUAUUGUUACCAUAAUUGAAAUGACAUCUGUCAUGUCACCUGAGCCUUCUAUUUUUGAUAGUUUUGUUGCUUGUGAAUCAAGAAUUUGUUGUGCUGAAAUAGUAAAAGAAACGGAUGGCUUUACAAUAUGGAUAGGAACAAUUUCUGGAGAAAUUUUGAUAUAUACAACACAUAGUUUACAAAUGAAAAAGUUGUUUUUUAAAACCAAAGUUAAAGAUUCAGCUGUCAGUAUGAAAUUUUCUGAAGAUAAAUUAUUUGUUGGUCUUGCUAACGGCAUGUUAUCAUGUUUUCGAAGAAAAUUGAAUGGCAGUUGGGAUAUUGCCAAUCCCACACUUAUUUGGUUGGGGAUACAGUCAGUGAUGUGUUUGCUAGAUGUAAAUGAAUAUCUUUGGUGUGCUGUUGGCACGCAUAUAAAUAUUUUAGACACACAAACACUUGGGAUAAAGCAAAAAAUUGAUACAAGUGACAAUGUUAAACAAGCUGUAAGACAUCUAACUUUAUGUGGCAUGGGAGUUUGGACAUCACAUUGGAAAUCAUCAAAUUUAACUCUUUAUCACAUUGAAACACAUGACCUUUUGCAGACAAUAACUGUGACUACUCCGCUGUCACGCAUGAAAAAUGAUAUUAACCUUCUACCUGAUUCAAACUUGGAUAAAGUAUAUGUUACAUCCUUACUAGCAAAGGAAGGUUUCCUUUGGGUGGGCUUGAAUAGUGGGUUAAUAAUAACAUAUCCUCUACCUCGAUUGGGAGGUAUUCCAACUGUGUCAGGACAAGCUUGUAUAUCUUUUCAUGCACACAAAGAAGCAGUUAAAUACUUUCAUGCUUUUAAAACUCAAUCUAAUAAAAGACAUGAGGAUCUUCAAAAUGCAGCUCGAAAUAGUGUUUUAAGCGAUUCAAAUGCUUCACCUGAACAAAGUGAUUUACACGAGCGAAGUAGUGAUUCUGGUGACUUUUUACAAGCUGAGGAACCCUAUUACUUUACAGUUGAGGCUGAUGUUAAUGUAGCCACAAAUGAGUUUGAUGAACUGUCAAGUUGCACAUUAAAAAUUAAUGAUAAAAAUAUUUGUCUUGAUGAACCAAAAAAAUUUUCAACAAACUUUUCACAUUUUUCUAAACAAGCUAAUAAUGAUUAUGAAUAUUGUCAAAAAUUUUCUAAAACAGAUAGUUUUGAUAAAAGUAGAGAUGAAAUAGAUAGUUUGGAUAAAGGUAGAGAUAAAUUUGAUAGCGAUAGUAAGUUUGCUAACGAAAACCUUGAAAAUAAUCCAACAGACAAAGAUUGCACUGCAAAUACUUCACAAAUGUCAGAAACUUUUUUUACAUCAGUCGAUGUAAUCAGUUUGCCAUUUUCAAAUCAAUCAAAUGAAAAUCAAUCAGUUAUCAAUAGUUUGUUAUCAAAUGAAAUUACUAAAAACUUAAUUGAGUUCUCUCUUGACAAUCAUAACAAGCUAAUACCUAAUUUACUAGCAGAAGACGAUAUUAAUUAUGAAGCAAAAAAUCCUAAAAAGUUGACUAAAAAUGAUGAGUCUGCUGAAGCAGAAUCAUUUUCUGAAUUUAAGAAUAAUCAUACAGAUUACACAUUUUGUAACAAUAUGUGUCAAUCGUCUAGCUAUGAGCACCCUAUUGAUAUAUCUGAACUGUCUUAUGCAAUUAUCGAUAAAAGUACAAAGUUUAAUUCAAAUCAAUCAUGUUCAAGUUCCAAUACUAACGAAGUUAUUGUUUUAGAUGAUUUGUACAAGGAACUUCCUUUGCCUGCAGUCCCAACAUAUUCUAUGAAAUCUCAAGAAUCAGAUUACAUGUCACUUUUAAAUUCUCCUGUAAGUAGUUCUGUAACAUCUAUGAUUGGUAUCAAUGCUUAUGAGAAAGAAAUAUCAAUAAACAGUUCUCAUGAAGUUUCAGAAGAUGUAACUAAUGAUAACUAUUAUGCAUCUUUGACUGAAGUCUCAAAGCAGGAUGAAGACAUUCACAGAGAAUUACUUUUAUCGCCGUGGUAUGUGGUUAGUAUGGGUUUGGGUCAUGUUGAUCUCAGAAAUACUCGACGUAUUUCAUCAAACGUAGAUCUUUUUAAAACGUACACCGAUGACAUAAAAGUUCAGUUGUUUCUUUGGAAAUUAACUUCUUAAAGUCAAUUUCUUAUUAAA